UCCGGCUGGAGCGCAGGCGCAGUUGGCUUUGGGUGUCCGUUGUGCUGCUUCUGACCGUCGAUGGAGCCGUCCGUGCGAAUCGCUGACUUCGCGGCGAUGGAGAGGCACCGGGCCAUUCUGCAGCAGUCCUUGCGAGUGGAGGCCGAGCUCGGUGAUCCGAGCCAUCAGCUGGUGCGGGCAGAGCCACUGGGCAGCUCUGAUGUUCUUAAAAAGAUUGAAAAUGUUAUCAAAGAAACACUCACAUAUCUUGCGAAGGGAGAAGCCCCAGUUAUUGCUUUUGAUAAACGAUCAUCCUGGGAAAAUAUUUGGUUUGAUGGCAAUGUUGGUUUGCAAAUGCUAUCUGAUUCUGCUAUGAGCAAAGUAAAAUGCGAAUGCUCCAGAUCAAUCCACAGGUUUGCUCUAAUACUUAAGACCCUGGCGAUGAUCUACAAGUUGGUGCAGAGCAAUACUUAUGCAACCAAAAGAGACCUGUACUACAAUGACACACAGUUGUUUGGAUCACAAACAAUUCUUGAUGGUAUUAUCAAUGAUAUAAGCUGCAUGUUAAAAGUCCCACGCAGGUCUCUUCACAUACUCUCUACUUUGAAAGGCUGCAUUGCAGGCGAUCUAUGCUAUACAGAGGAAGAUGGCAACAGAGUGAAUUGUGCCUGCAAUUCAACUGCUGUUCUUGUGCCAUCCAAUGUGGAUGGGAUACAAAAUUUAAAAUCUGCUGCUAAAUUUGUGCUUGUAGUGGAAAAAGAUGCCACCUUCCAGAGGUUAUUGGACGAUGACUUUUGCACAAAACUGUUCCCAUGUAUUAUUAUAACUGGAAAAGGAGUACCAGAUCUAAGCACCAGACUGAUGGUCCGGAAACUAUGGGACAUUCUACACAUUCCAGCUUUUGCCCUUAUGGAUGCUGAUCCACAUGGCAUUGAAAUCAUGUGUAUCUACAAGUAUGGUUCGAGGUCUAUGUCCUUCGAUGCUCAUAGUCUGACUGUUCCCAUUAUCAGUUGGUUGGGUCUACUUCCAUCUGAUAUUCAAAGAUUAAAUAUACCGAAAGAAGCUUUAAUUCCUCUUACUAACAAUGACGUGAGAAAGUUGAGCAUGCUGCAAAAGAGACCCUAUGUUAACUGGCAACCCCUCUGGAAGAAAGAGAUGGAAAUUAUGGAGAAGUGUAAAGUGAAGGCUGAAAUACAGGCCCUGGAAUCUAUUUCUUCUGACUACCUCACAAGAGUAUACUUGCCAAACAAACUCAAGUUUGGUGGAUGGAUAUAAGAAAAUUGUCCGUGUUAUUUGAAGUGAUGUAUUCAUACAUUUGACUGUAUUCAAGUGAAUUAUAUUUCUGAUUUGAGCUGACGUGCCAGCUGUUCAGCCUUCAUGUUGUUUGAUGUAACAGCAAUUGAUUAUUAGUUGACAUGGUGCCGAAAUGUUGUCAUCUCUGGCUGAGUUGGUUUGUCAGAUGUUUAGCACAUUUGUUGCUGAAGUUGCUGGUUUAUUUGAUAUUCCAUUCCAGUUAUUCAGCCUUUUGUUUGGUGGCUGUCUUGGUUAAGUUGAUACGUUGGCCAGAUAUAUCUGUUCACUUGGUGAGUAAGUUGAAAUUAUACCUGUUCAGUUGAUGAACCUGCUGUAAACUUUCUGGCUGAGUUGAUGCACCAGUUAUUGAGUAGUGUGGUUGGCUUCUCUAUUUGCUGUUACCGUUAUGGUCGACUGUGCUGAAAUUAGUAACAUAUUCCAUGGAAUACAUUAAGAUUCACAAACACUGAAACAGUUGUAAUUCAUUAUCAAAUAUUUACACUUUCACAUUUGUGACUAAGUUCCGAAAUAAAUAGGAUAAUUGCUUUA